GCUGAAUGCUGAAGGGGACCGUGAGGGGAAAGACAACUCACGCGCGCAGAAGGUGUUCCACUCUACAUACAUGCCGGAUCCCCAUUUUUUGAUAGAAGAUCCACUUUAUUUUCUCCUUCUCGGGCUUCGACAUUCUUCUUUUAUUUACUUUCGGCUCAUUGUUCCCUCCCUAUAUUUCCCUCAGUCGUCCUUCUCUCAACUUGCGCCUUAUACAGCGAAAGCACCUCUGAGCAGACUGUUCUCAACGAAAGCCGAACGAGGCAUUGGCUCCUGUCUUGACCUUCCAAGGCUGCAAACUUAGGUUGCUUAGCAGCACCACAGAGCGAUACCGGACGUAUAACCGUUAUCAGUCAUCCGGAGUUCUGGUGUUCACGCGAAUAUCCUACCUUCAAUACAAAGAAUCACCCAUUCAAGCCUCACGAGAUACUGAAUCGCUAGACGCCACGAGUACAAACUCCUCGAUUGAAAGUCGAGAUGGUUUACGUGCGACAGGAGAAGCUACCGAACUUGCGGGAAUACAAGUACUCGGCCGUCGACCACUCUUUGACGUCCAAAUACAUCCUCAAGCCAUUUUACACCAAUGUUGUCAUCAAGCUCUUCCCUAUGAGCAUGGCUCCCAACCUGAUCACGCUCACGGGUUUCAUGUUCGUUGUCGGCAACUUCCUCACUUUGCUAUGGUACAACCCUACCCUCGACCAGGAUUGCCCACCUUGGGUCUACUACAGUUGGGCUGCCGGUCUGUUCCUCUACCAGACCUUUGAUGCGGUUGAUGGCACCCAAGCUCGUCGUACUCGUCAGUCCGGACCUCUUGGCGAGCUCUUCGAUCAUGGCGUCGACGCCCUCAACACCUCGCUCGAAUGCCUUAUCUUCGCCGCCUCUCAGAACAUGGGCCAGAGUUGGUACACCGUCGCGACCGUCUUUGCCUCCCUUCUCACUUUCUACGUCCAAACCUGGGAUGAGUACCACACCAAGACGCUCACCCUCGGCAUCGUCAACGGACCCGUUGAGGGUAUCCUGAUCCUCGUGGGCGUUUACACCCUGACCGGUUACCUCGGCGGCGCCUCUUUCUGGCAACAGGGCAUGCUCUCCACCCUUGGCGUUCCCCAGACCCUCACUUUCGGCACCACCGCCUUGACUCUCCCCAGCUUUCUUUACAAUUUCUCCUUUACCGAAUGGUACAUGGUCCAGGGCACCGUAGUGCUCGUCUACAACACGGUCGAAUCCGCUCGCAACGUAAUACGCGCCCGCCGCGCCCGCGGCGACCGCUCGCGCUACGCCCUCGUCGGUCUCCUCCCCUUCUUUGCCACCUGGGCGCUCGUGGUCGCCUAUUUGUUCCUGCAGCCCAACAUUCUGCAUGGCCACCUGGUGCCCUUCGUGCUCUUCGCGGGAAUCGUUAACGCCUACAGCGUCGGAAAGAUGAUUACAGCCCAUCUCGUCAAGCUCGACUUCCCCUACUGGAACGUCAUGGUGAUCCCUCUCGGCCUGGGCGUCUUUGACUCCCUCGGCCCCGUCAUCCACAGAUAUGCACCCGACGGCCUCAAGAACCUCGGGUGGCCCUCAGCUCUUGGCGACGGCGUCUACCAGGUUGCCUACAUGUUCUGCAUGCUUGGAAUGGCGGUCGGCGUGUACGGCAGCUUCGUGGUGGACGUCAUUGUUACCAUCUGCGAUUACUUGGACAUUUGGUGCUUGACUAUCAAAUACCCCUAUGUGGAGGGUCAAGACGAUCCCAAGGUGUCUAAACAGGUUGUGGGAAGCAAAGACGAGCUCAAGGAGAAGAGGGGCUAAUAACUGUGCCGGUCUCUUCUUACUGUGGUUAGAGGUGACAGGAUGAAGAAUGGAAGCGGACAAGUUAAGAGGGGGACAAUUGAUGGACGGCAGGCAGUGCGGGGUCCCGAAGUGAUAAGGACAUAGCCAACUCGCGAUGAGCGAGGGCGCGCGGAGAAGAUGGAUGGAAGCAG